AUGACGACGUACAGCGUAGGGGCAACAAGCGAGCGCGUGCCGUGCACGUUUGGACCCAGCGAGUUCGACGCCGUGAUGCAAAACUUGGUGCGCGGUGGUGGCGGAAAGGGUGGGGUUUCUUCGCUCAACCCGGCGGAGCUCCAGGUGCUGCGCGCCCAGUUCGAGAAGGAGGGCGACAUGGUCGGCGUGCAGACCAAGUUCAACUUUGCAUGGGGCCUCGUCAAAUCCAGCGCACGUGCCGAUCAGCAACAGGGCGUCAUGCUCUUGACCGAGAUCUUCCGCACGUCCCCCGAACGCCGCCGCGAGUGCUUGUACUACCUGGCCCUCGGCAACUACAAGCUCGGCAACUACGCCGAGGCCCGCCGCUACAACGACCUGUUGCUCGAGAAGGAGCCAACGAACCAGCAGGCGUCGAACCUCAACACGCUGAUCGACGACAAGGUGCAGAAGGAGGGCCUCGUUGGCGUCGCCAUUGUCAGCGGCAUCGCCGUCGUGGCGGGCGUCGUCGGUGGUGUCCUGCUGCGCAACAUUGGCCGCCGGCGGUAG